CAUUUAUAACAUUUAUAACAUUUAUGUUCUGGGAAACUUCAACUCUCUACUUUGCGAAAACCACCAAAUCACAUACAAACAGCCUUCAAUAUGCCCGCCUCCCUCGGAAAACGAAAGCGCACAUCCGCUACUAUUCCAAUCAGCUCGAAACUUUUAAAAGUCUCUAAAACUACGCCCAUAAUACCAGAACCUAUACCCGAACCACAGUCAGAAGAAGAAGCUUCCGAUAGCUCUCCCGAUGACGACGAUGAUGAAGAUGACGAAGACGAUACAGAACCCCUCGAUUCCCAAGAAAUAUUCCGUCGUCACUUCGAAGCACAGUUUAAACCACUUACUCGUACAGUUAUAAAAUCUAAAGCUAGUCAAACAAUCGAUGAUGCAGAAAAUGAGGAGGUAGACGAUUGGGAAGGCUUAUCGGAGAAUUCCUCAGGAGACGACGAAGAGCAGGAAAACGGGGUACAAAUAGUCGAACAUGUAAAGAAAGUCGAUUCACGGAUCGCAGGGAUGAGUAAAGCGGAAUUGAGAGCAUUCAUGGUACACACAUCCAAUCCCCCCUCUAGUAUCUAGUAUCUACCAAACAUCUCCAAGAACUAACCUCUCGUCCACACAGUCCUCCAAAAUCCCCAAAUCGCUGCCCACACCCUCCCUCUCCAAACUCCAAGAACCAAUCCCCGGCUCCGCAGACGACCCCGGCGCAACCGAAGCACUGAAUCUGAAAAAUGAUCUUGCGCUCCAACGACUCCUCGAUGAAUCGCACCUCUUAACUUCCUCUUCCUCUUCCUCAUCUGCUAAUUCUCAUUUAAGCCAUACGUUACAAGGGAAAAAUCGUUUAAAAGCCUUGGAUUUACGUGUGCAGGCAUUAGGUGGGAAGACUAGUAUCCAUAAACAAGAAAGUAUGCCGAUGGCGAUGCGGAAGGGAAUAGUCAAGAAGGCGGAAGAGAAAGAGGAGAGGAGGAGGAGAGAGGCGAGGGAGAAUGGAGUCGUGCUUGAGACGAAAGGUGGGAGGGGAGGGGGAAGUGGUGGGAGGGAAAGAAGAAAGGAGAGGAGUGGAGGGAGGACUUUGAUGGGGAGGUGUGGGAAGAAUGAGAUGUGGAUUGAGUUGAGGAAGAGUGAUGUUAGGGAUUGAGGGAAAGAGAGGUGGAGGAAGGAUGGGAAGAAUGGAGAAAGGAAACAUCAGACAAAG